GCGAUGGAAACGCCAAGAUGGCGGCGAGUUUAUCUUUAGUUUUCGUACGGUCGGGUCGAUUUUAGCAAUUUGCGUCGCACAACAUCGCCGCAGCAAGCCAUGGUGCCUGAGAAGCAAUGGCGCGACAAGGGUGACAUGAUGGACAAGCGCACGGCCCGGAAGGUCCAUGGACUGGACUUCCGCACCGUGAUCACGCAGUUGCGACGGCAGUGGACCCAUCACCACACCAAGAACCAAGACGUGGACGGCACGCCCGAGUCGUCCAACCCAAGCGGCAUCCAAGUCUACAUUCGCAAACGCCCGAUGCUCCCGCACGAACCCAAGAAGAAGGAGUACGACGUCGUCACGUGCGCCGGCAGCGACACGAUCAUUGUUCACGACUGCCAAAUGUAUGCAGACAUGAAACGAAAGUUUAUCGAGAACCAUGUCCACAAAUUCUCCAAGUGCUUUGGCGAAACUGCGUCGACCGACGAUGUAUUCGAUGAAGUGGGCAAGCCGCUUGUCGACCACGCCAUUGCCGGUGGCAAGUCCGUCAUUAUGAUGUAUGGGCAAACGGGCUCUGGCAAGACGCACACAAUGUCCGGGUUGCAUGACAACAUUGCGGACAUGCUGUUUCGGAACAACGGCGGUGGCGAUAGCGUUGUCGUGACCGCUGUCGAAAUUGCCGGCACCAAGUGCAUGGACCUCCUCCGCCGGCGACAAAAGGUCCUCGUGUGUGACGAUGAAGCAGGAAACAGUCGACUCUUGAACGUGACGGAGCGCGAGGCCACGUCUGCGCCCGCGCUCUUGGCGAUCAUCCACGAAGCACUCGACAUGCGCGCCACGGAAGCCACAUCAGUGAAUGCAGUGUCGUCGCGAUCGCAUUUCCUUUGCUCGAUUUCGAUUCAAGACACGGCCAAACCCGGUGCCAGUCGGUCGAAACCAUCCGCGACGACGCCAUGCCGACCACCGGGCGUGCUCACGUUGCUCGAUCUGGCGGGAAGCGAACGCAAUGAAGACUCGUUUCAUCAUUCGGCGGACCGGCGGCGGGAAACGAUCGAGAUCAACUCGAGCCAUCUCGCACUCAAGCAGUGCGUGCGGGCAUUGGGUGCCGAGGACCCGACCGCAGUCGUCCCGUACCGACACUCCAUCUUGACGCGGCUGCUGAAAGAGUCGCUGUGGGCCAACGGAUCGCGCGCUGCCGUGAUUGCCACCGUGUCCCCGAUCGCGACAGGUGGGUACAACAACACCACUUCAUGCUCUCUUUACGACAUGUGUGCAUUCGCUUGGAGACCUGAAUACGCGGUGGCUCACGGACAUGAUGGCACACUGCAGACACGGAGCAUACGCUGCACACGCUGCAAUAUGCAGCUAUGAUGCUCUCCGACGACAAUGGUCCAGUUCGCAAGGAGCGGGUCGAGGUGGCAUCCGCCGUGGAAGAGGCCAAGGCCAAGGCCAUCAAGGACUGGGCCCCAGACGAUGUCGUGAAGUGGUGGUCGGGGUUGAAAAAGGGUCUGUACGCCAAGUACACUGGUAACAUCAAGGCGAUCGAUGGCAAGCAGCUGCUGCGGUUGGCACUGCCUCGGUUGAUUCAGCUCUGCAACAACAACUCGAUCGACGGAGAGGCCGUGUUCAAGAGUCUCCAGAAGGAAAAGGCUGCCGACGACAAAUCCGACAAGGAACGCCGAGCGCGCAACAUUGCCGUCCGCAAGAACAAGUAGCACCGUCCGAAAGCAUGGCCCACAUUCCACACGUGCUGUUCUGUUUCAUAAACGAUCGCUGAUAGCUGGGAUUCUUGACGUGUGAAUGAACGAGGAACGGGGUGUGGCAAGGUGCAUGCGUGCCACUAGGAUCGAAGGGGACGCGAAUUGAUCAGCAAAUCCGAUUAAAUUAAUUCGCACUAGCUAGGUCCAGGAACGAUGGCUCCAGAACACCCGAUUCCCCCGAGGACGACUCCACAGGACCAGCUAGAGUACAUAGUGAGGGUGCUAGUGACGAGGAGCAAGGUGCAGCCAGCCCACCACAGCGCCACGACGCUCCACCCGGCGGCACGACUUUGACCACCACCCCAUCGCCAAACUUGAGCUUCCACGGGUGAAUUGGGUAGCCAAAUGAGACUGACAAACACACCAAAACUAGCCAACGGACCAAGAGCCAUCAAGUCGCCAACUUGAGUUUGCACCGACGGCGUGAUCGAUGCCGUGUCGGCUUCGAGCACGUUCACCAACGUGUCCUGCAGGGUGGUGCUGUACACAGCGGUCACGAUGGGAACGGCUACUAGUUGAACCGACAUCGCGAGACUCGACAUCGUGGCUUCGAAUCCGACCGGGGCGUACUCCACGACGGGCAAGAGGCUUACAAUGUGGCGGAUGCCGUGGGGGACCUGCAGCACCAGCAGCGUUCCGUACCAGAACCACGACACACGAGAUGUCCCGUACACUGUGCACGAUGCAUGGAGGCUGCCAACCACCCCGAUGGCUAUGGUCGACCACGCCAGUGCCGCUUUCCAUCGCCGCUUGGUCACGGCCACCAUGGCGAGUCCAAACACAACAGCGCCAGCACCAACGACAAACAGGCUUUGUCGAGGGGCUACGUUCGCGUCGCCAUGGUGCAGCCAUGACCGCUCGAUCCACACGUCGAGGACCUCGCGCUUAAAGACGGACGUGCCGCCGUUUCCAACGUGGAUCGCGAGAGAAAACAGAAACGAGAAGAGCAAGUACGCCGCGAUCGCUUUCGAUUGAAGGCAGGUCCAGAGAGCGAUCACAUUGUCGAGGAACGAAGCGCGCGGUGAGGACGUCGUGAGGGAAGUGGGCAAUGCGCCUGGCGGAUGUCGACUCGUCGCAAGAAAAUACACGAACGGAGUGGGCACGACCGACAGCAUGGCAAGACUAUAGAUCAAGCCGAGGUAGUU